GAACUGCCCGACCUGAUGUCAUUUCCCUAUUGCAAACACCCCGGCUGGGCUGCGUCUGAGAUAUGUCACAGGGAGUGGGAGGAGGAGGAGGGGGAGCCAGCGAGUGCGUGCAGUGUCCCAGGACCCUGUUUAUUUAGCAUUCCCAGCUGAGGAAGCCCUGGUUUAAAUAAGAUCGGAGGAGCGGGCUGCCCACAGCAGAUGAAGAAAUGGUUGCUGUGGGGCUUUAAAUUCCUGCCUUCCCAUGUGCUGGCGUGGAGGAUGAGCCUGCAGAAUGCCUUUCCUCCUGGGUCUCAGACAGGUAACCAACCGGCUUAAGUGCGGUGGGAGCUGCUUGCUCAGGUGGAGGAUGUGACUGAUUACUUUUAUUUUUAUUUCCCUCACCUCUAAGAUACGAUUUCUGACUUUCCCAAAACGGAACUGUACAAUCAGCACUUCCCCACCCGUGGUGUGUGAGCAGAGAGCACAGUUGUGCGAGAGACGCUUUUUAUUAGCAAGGAAGGGGCAAAACUGAGAGCCAGAGAUAGAAACUUCCUUGUUGUUGUUGGAGGCUUUGCAGCAGGGAGGCUCUUUGUGUCGUGCUCCUGUGCAGUUUUUGUUCGGUUGGGUUUUAGGGUGCUUUCCACAGUCCUUAAAAUGGAAUUGCAUUUGCAUUUCUUAAAAACAUGCCAAACUUUGAACUGUUUUCUUGUACAGGCAUUAUUUUGUAUGUAAAACUGUGGAUUCUUAAAAAAAGAAGAAAAAAAACACCCCAGAAAAUACCCAGAAAGGGUAUUUAUAUAUAAGUGUGUUUGUGUGUGUGUGUCUCAUCUCUAACAAAAGUCACCAAAUGGAAAAUGGCAACACGCUGUGACCCACAGCUUGGUGAUUUUUAAAUUGUUUUGAGAGUUUGAGCUUGAACAAGAAACUUGGGAUAAUUUAAUAGCUGGUAAUAUCGAGUGGAAUGAGAAAUGGUAGCAACUGCCCAGCUGCUCUCUGCUGGAGGAGGUGCCAACUAUGUGUUCCUAGGCUAGGGAGAGCAAACCCUUUUUUUGGUUUGAGAGGCACGUCUGUAAGGGAAUCUAACUGUAAACUCUUUCCAGCACUGCUGUGAUCUGUAAUCCACAAUAAAUAAAUACUGAAUGAUACCAGAGUGCUGCUUGCAGUUUCUAAUUUAGAAUUAAGAAGUCGAAAUUGGACCAUAACAUACUUUAAACUACCUACUUUCAGUUGUUUAGCACCGCUAAAAGACUUCAACAUGCUGCUGAGUAAACAGUGCUGUCUCUUUUUUUCUUAUCAGUUCGGUUUUGGUGAAAUGCAGCUCUCUCCCCACCCCCACACCCCCCAUCCGAAAACAGUUUUACAUAAGAAACUACCUCUAGCACAAUGACCUUCUGUGAUUGGUGCAAUAGCUAUAAAUAAUAGUUCACUUGUUAGCACUCAGGCAAAGAGAUUUGCCUUAAAAACUCAGAACUGAACCAGAGGGGGAAAUUCAGGCACAAAGGCUGAAUAACUUUUUAGGUAACUCUCAAACUGCAGUGAGAUGUAGCUGCCUCAAAUGCUGGGAUUGCUUCAGACUCACGGGUAUGUUUUUCUCUAAAGUUCCUGUUUUUAAAGAAUUCAUUUUGUUUUAGAGAUGUGUUCAGUGCAGUUGGGGUGCUGCAUAAGGUGUAAAAGUAGAAGUUAGGUGUAAUUUGGCUUCAUUUGCUGGAACAGUGAACAUCUGGUUGUCUCAGUGGAUGGAUGGUACUUUUUUCUCUGCUGGUAACUUUUUGGCAUUAAUAGAGGCAUUUACAGGAAGCAGGAAAAAAGGUGUUGCCUCAAGAACACAAGAGCAAAGUUCUUGACUAUUUUUAUCCACUGAUAAAGGAUAUAGUGAGAAAUAACUACUUGAACUUUUCUUAGUUUUAAUAAUAAUUUUUAGUCUUAAAAAAUUAAAUCUAAGUAUUUGUAAUUGUGUUCUUCAUGCAAAUACUAUUCAGUAGUUUCUUUUUCCAAGGGUUUUUGCUGAACAGUGCUCUUUAAUUGAAAGUGUGGGAAGAAUUCAGGAACAUCUCAUCACCUCCAUUGUUUUUUGUUUUGUACUUGGUUCAUUUGGACUGUAAACAGUUGGCUGUCUGGGAUGCCCUUUGUUGUUCUCACUUCAGCACAAGGGAUGCUGAUCCUGGGCUACAAGCUCAGGGCAGAGGUGCUGAGUGGGGUGCCCUCCCAUGAGCUGUGUGAUGAGGAUGGAAGGAUCAGAGGGAGACCUUUGGCUCCCCAGGACCAGCACCCUGUGCUCUGCACCCCUGGACUGCACUGAGCAGCUACUUUCCUUGGAUCUGCCUUCAUUUUUUUUGGAGCCAGCAGCAUUAUAGCAUUACAGAUGGACCUGGUAAAAGACAAGGAAACCUGCAUGGGUGUCAACAAUCAAAGUUACAUAUGUGAAACGGGCCACUGUUGUGGACAAUCCCAGUGUUGCAACUACUACUAUGAACUCUGGUGGUUUUGGCUGGUGUGGACCAUCAUCAUCAUCCUCAGCUGCUGUUGUGUUUGCCAUCACCGCCGCACCAAGCACCGCCUCCAGGCGCAGCAGCGGCAGCACGAGAUCAACCUGAUCGCUUACCGGGAGGCCCAUAACUACUCAGCCCUGCCCUUUUAUUUCCGGUUUUUGCCAAACUAUCUGCUACCUCCCUAUGAGGAAGUGGUGAACCGACCGCCGACCCCCCCGCCCCCGUACAGUGCCUUACAUCAGCAGUGUGUCCCAGCAGGCAGCAGUAGCACAAUCCCGGACACGCCCAGAGCCCUGCAGACAGCACAGAGCAGCUCUGCAGCACCCAGCAGCAAUAACAGCAGUACUGACAGCACCGGGGCGCCCGGCCACGGGGACCCCGAGCCCUCCACCACCGUGCUGGGCGAGAGAGCCGUCGCCAAAAUGCAAAGCAUGGAGCCCUGCAGUACCAGCACAGGAGCCGAGCUGGUGGAGAGGGCCGGUCCCGAUAAGGAUACGGAGUGCAAGGAGGAACUGCUGAAAGGUUACAGCUCUGAGAGCUUAGAGCAGAGCAGUGCCAUUCCCGACGCCAAGGACAAGACGCCGGGCAGGCAGCGCCGUUUCACCGGCGACUCGGGCAUAGAAGUGUGCGUUUGCAACCGGGGUCAUCACGACGACGACCUCAAGGAGUUUGACGGGCUCAUCGAUGACGCUCUGGACGGGCCCCUGGACUUCUGCGACAGCUGCAGCGGCCGUCCCCACGGGGAUGAGGAGGAAGGGCUUUUCAGUGCCACGGAGGAGCAGCACCGCGAACACAGCCACCACCACCUGCCCCGGCAGCCGGUGUGUGUACUCUUGAACACAAUAAAUGAGCAGGACUCUCCAAACUCUUGUACCAAUAACUCUCCCAGCUAAGGCGGUGGAGUGGAAGGGAGAAUCGGGGGAAAAAAAACAAAUAAAAAUGGAAUAAGAGGAUUAAAACUUUAACAGGAGGAAAAGGUGAUACAACCUUCUUUUUUUUGUUUAUUUUUCUUUCUCCCCUCCAAUAUAAUAUGGGGACUAGACCUCGAAGGCCCAGCUUGUGGGGGACGGGUCACUCUGGGUUUUGUUAAUUGUAUCUGCCCUGCUCCAUGGAGCAGGGACUGAUGUUUCUCAAUGAGACCUUCUUAAAAAUGGAAUUUUUCCAAUGGUGAUUUUGGUGAUGGUUAUUAAGAGUUUGUUGGUUUUAGUUUUUUGAAACACUGCUUUAUCUUGCAAUCAAUAAAACUCAGCAAAUCUCACCCUGGGAGGAUACCAGAUCACCAUAAGGCUUCAACCUCCAGGUGUCUUCCCAGAAGCGAGCAGCUUCUGACAGUGCCGGCAGUCAGUAGCCCAAGAGUUCUGGUUUGAUAUAGUGCUCUUGAGGCAUUGGGGAUUUCUUUUCAUCUUUUUUCCUUUUUUUUUUUUUUUUUUCUUUCCUGAUGUUAAGUUUCUCUGAAGCUGGUGAAUGCCCAAACACAUCAGCCCUAUAAUCUCUGGUGCUUCAGUGUUUAAGACAGCAGGUAGGAAAUUUCCCACUUGAAGCUGGUGACUGAAGGACCAGUUUCUUCGAGGAGUGUUAGUCUACCUUAGGCAGUUUGAAAAGAAAGGGUUUGCAGAAAUUUGCCUUUAUGUGUCAUUUUAAAAUGCAAGUGUGUUCCUUCAAUGCCUCCAAGAGCACAGUUAGCAGUAGAAUCCAGGCAGCUGGGCUGCCUUCCAAGUACUGUGGUCUCCGAAUGACCUUUUCCUGGUGUGCUGCAAAAGGGCUUGGCUUUAUUUUUGUCCUUUUUUUGCACCCCGAUAGCAGCACACUGGAGUUCAGAUGACAAAAGAACAGGGCUCUCCUUGGCCAGCGUGCCUUCAAGCUUUAGUGAUGCAUGUUGAACAAAUGGAGACGAGAGCUCCGUCCAUUGCAAAAGGGAUGAUUUACCUUGUAGAUGUGGAAGACCUGUGCAGUAUUUUUUUUUAUCCAAAAGUUUGGUGCGAUUCUAAUGAUGACCACUAAAAGAAAUGAAUGUCUGUUUUCUUUCUCUUUCUUUUCGGUUUUUUUUUAUGGUGGCAACUGGCUACUGUAUAAUGUCUGUGAGCGUGUGUGUAUGACUGCAAUCCAUGCAUGCGAGUCCUACUGGUAAUAUGAAAACCUGCUGUAAGACUGCAAGAAAAUUUACUGUAGCUUUGCUUUAAUAAACAGUAGAGAUUUUUGUUAGUAACAACCUGAAGGAAGAAAAAAAUUUAAAAAAAGGAAGAGCUGAAACUAACAUUCCCUAGAGUGCUCGUGUUGGAAGAGAGCACAGUUCAGACUAUGUAACUUGUUCUCGGGAUUUCUCCCCGUCCAUUUUAUAAUUGUGGUCGUCCAAGUCAUUACUGUUAUGGGGAAAAAAAUCAUUGAAACCUGAACUUGGACAUACUCAGAUCUGAUUGAUUGAAAACCAAAAUCAGUUUUAACUAAGGUGGAAACCAAAAUAUAAUGCCUUUUCUGAUAA